AUCUUCAUCAUGGCCUAUAAAGCAGCACAUUUGGCCUUUAAGUCGCGCUGGCACAAGACGGAUGAGGAACUCUGUCGGCACAGCAUGUCCUUUGUCCUGCACAAGGCAAUCCAGAACGACUUCUUCAAGUGCUACCUCUACCUGCUGGAAAAGCUCCCCCUGGUGAAACUUUAUGCUCUGACAAGCCAAGUGAUCAACGGGGAGAUGCAGUUCUACGCCAGGGCCAAGCACUUCUACCGGGAGGUGCCCGCCACGGAGGAGGGAAUGAUGGGGGACUACAUCGAGCUCUCCAACACCGACGUGGAAUCCUCCCGGGAAUUCCUCAGGAAGUUUGUUGGGGGGGUGGGGAAAGCUGGCACCAGCCGUGCCCUGGACUGUGGCUCUGGGAUAGGUCGGAUCAGCAAGCACGUCCUGCUGCCGGUGUUCAAGAGCGUGGAGCUGGUGGAUAUGAUGGAGAAUUUCCUGGCUGAGGUCCCAAACUACCUGCAGGGCAAGGAGGACAGAGUAGAGAUGUAUUACUGCAAAAGCCUCCAGGAGUUCACACCAGCCCCACGAAGAUACGACGUCAUCUGGAUUCAGUGGGUUUCAGGAUACCUGACAGACAAAGAUCUCCUGGAGUUCCUCAUCCGCUGCCAGGGUGGCCUGAAGGACAAUGGAGUGAUCAUUCUGAAGGACAAUGUGGCCAGGGAGGGCUGCACCCUGGACUGCCUGGACAGCAGCGUGAUCCGCGACCUGAACAUCCUGCACAGCCUCAUCGAGAUGAGCGGACUCACCAUCCUCAGGGAGGAGAGGCAGGAGGGCUUUCCUGAGCAGUGUGUCCCUGUCUGGAUGCUGGCCAUGCAGAAGGGCUCUGGCCACUCCUGACUGCCCUGUCAGACUGCAGGGACUGGGCUAUGGAUGAACCAGGGGACUGGGAAGGAGAAAAGCACCUUCUGGAAUCCUCCUACCCAUGCACUGCUCCAGGGCAGCAGCUUCUAAAGGGUCAGGAGGGAACCACAAAGCUUCUCCCAGGAACAGUCAGCUCCUAAAUCCUACCUGCUCCAUCAUUCUGCUCCUAAAUCCUACCUGCUCCAUCAUUCUGCUCCUAAAUCCUACCUGCUCCAUCUUUCUGCUCCUAAAUCCUACCUGCUCCAUCAUUCUGCUCCUAAAUCCUACCUGCUCCAUCAUUCUGCUCCUAAAUCCUACCUGCUCCAUCAUUCUGCUCCUAAAUCCUACCUGCUCCAUCAUUCUGCUCCUAAAUCCUACCUGCUUCAUCAUUCUGCUCCUAAAUUCUACCUGCUCCAUCUUUCUGCUCCUAAAUUCUACCUGCUCCAUCUUUCUGCUCCUAAAUCCUACCUGCUCCAUCUUUCUGCUCCUAAAUUCUACCUGCUCCAUCAUUCUGCUCCUAAAUUCUACCUGCUCCAUCAUUCUUUCCAUUUUUAAAAGCUUUCCUGACCUCCUUGUCAAAGAUCUCUGUUCAGUAAGGAGUCAAUGUUGUACAAAACUCAUCCAAUAGAAAACAAUUAGGUCUGAAGUUUCUGUAGUAGUUUAUAAUUUUGGGGUGUUCUGUAUGAGGUGUUAACAAGCCUGGUUUUUACUAUGGCACUUCAGUCUUCUCAGAAUUUAAGAAGGAUCUGUCAGAUCACUGAAGCAGGAAAUUCAAGUAACUUCUGGAAAAUGUCAUCCAAGUUUUGGCUGUCCUCUCUACCUGGACUUUAGAAUAUUUAAAACAAGAAUAUAAGGAAACUUUUAUCUUUUUGUUGGCAUCAGCUAUGUAGCUUUUGGGGGUUUUUUGGGAAUUUUUUGUGGGUUUUUUUUUUUUUUUUUGGUUGUUGUUGUUGUUUUGGGGUUUUUAAUUUGUUUGUUUGGGGGUUUUUUUGGGGGGAGUUUUUGUUUGUUUGUUUGGGGGUUUUUUGUUGGUUUGUUUUGGGUUUUAUUUUUCAUUUCUGUCAAUUUGGACAAUAAAACAACCUGGUUAAUUUUC